GUUUGCUGAAACGUUUCGCAGCGUCAGUCGCGCACCGUCGAAGCCAGAUCGCGAGUCAAUUUCCCCGCGGACCGCCUCGCUUGUUUCGUCUCAUCGGUCCCGCUUCGAACUUUCAUCGACGAAUCCGAGAGCCCCGAGUGUCCACUUGUUUUCGAGUGCGCGUCUCUCCGCCCCGGAACUGGGAAUUUCGUUGGAAAUUGAGGAUGGAAAAUCGACUGAUGGCCGUCGCUUUUCUCGCCUGCGUUUUCGCGCUCGCGAUCGACGUCGUCAGCCCGCAACAAAUCGAUGCCCCGGCUGUGCCUUGCAGCACGGACGCUGUGUGCAGGGACGCCAGAUUGCCCCCCGAAGCGCGCUGCCACUCCGGCUUCUGCGUCUGUUUGGACUACAACAGCGUGCCCAAGAACUGCACGCAUCGGGACUCGGCCCCUAAGUCGGCAGGUCGGAACUCGGCGGCCGACGUACAAUCGUGCUCGAUUGCAAAAGAUUGCAAUCUUCCCUACGAGUAUUGCAACACGACCAGAAAACAAUGCGGCUGCAUCGAGGGAUACGUCAUGGCCAGCCAAAUCCGCGAGUGUCUUCCUGUCGCUACUGCACUAGGCUCCGACUGUCAGGAGGAUCAACAGUGUCAAAAAACCAUGGGAAAUACAUCGUGCACUGACAAACAGUGCGUUUGCAGCGUUGGUUAUCAUUUCACAGGAAACAACACUUGCUGGAAGACUUUGGUAAUUGGGGAUGGUUGCUCAAGCGAUCAGGAAUGUUCUCACGUCGAAGGCGCGAUCUGUAGCAAAACAACGUCACGGUGCACUUGUCGGGAAAAUUCAACGAGCAAUACGAUCGGGGAUAAGUGUCUUCUCCUGGCGGAAGCGAUGUUCGCCGCUUGCAUCGAGAAACCUCAAUGUUCGAAUAAAUUUGUCAAUUCUGAUUGCAUCGACAAGAAAUGCGAGUGCGAGAAAAGUUAUCACUACAAUACGACGCUCGUCCAGUGCACUUCCACUCCAAGCCUCGACGGUAAGUGCUCAGAGGACUACGAGUGUGGUCAGGACGAGGACCAGGGCGAGCCGCGAACUCAAAAGUGCGCUGACAACGUUUGCAUUUGUAACGCAAAUUUCGUUAGGGAUGGAACCAGAUGCACCGCUGGUGCCGCGUCGCUCGUCCCUGGACUCCUGAGCGUGCUGUCGGUGCUUCUUUUCUUCUCCAGAUCGUGAGCCCAUGAGAUUUCAUUGGUCGAACCAUCGGUGCUUUAAUACGCGUGUGCUUGAGAGUGUGAAUGUUUCAGAGGCGAAUGUUCGUCGGGUUAUUGAGUGAGUGAAAGAGAGAAAAGUAUACGAAGAUGAAGAAGGAGAAUCUCGUCUAUGAAUUUCGUUUUGUCAUUUGGUUUUCUGUCCGAUGUCGAGCUGUUGGAAAAACAGAAAGAAAAUUAAUGUGUAAAUACGGAUCAAUGGAGCCCCAAAAAUGGCCCGAGCUCCGGACCCAAUCCGGGAACGUUCGAAAAGUAAAUUUACAUUUUUCAAUGUCAUCGAGCCAAAUGCAAAACGAAUCAUGCGUUUUUAUAUUUCGUCGUAACGAUUAUUACAAGUUCUGUUGUUAUUUUUUACUAUGUUUGAAAGUAUACGUACGUGUUAUGAUAAUUAUGUUAGUCUACGUUCGCAUGUAUCAGAGCAAUAAGACUCUAUUUCUCCACUAAGAAUAUUAUGAAUUCAGGAAUUGUUCGUUGAACCAAGUUCAAUCUCGUGUAAAAUUUAUCGAGAACCCAUUAAAGCGAUGAAAUACGAAA